AUGAAUGGAUCGCUGAGGUGCGCAAUCCGUCACACCACGGUAAAUUCCAGUCUCUCCACUCGCUGGAUAGUAAUAAAAUCAAACUUCCUGCCAAAUUGUGCUGCACACAGGCCGACUCAUGAUUCAGUUGGCACGGUACUCGAGAUAUCGCAGUAUAUUUUCAUAAAGGAACUUACUCACAAGGUUGCUGACAGGUUGCUCUUCGACAGCCCACGACCUGUUUCGCCCUUCUUGGGUCUCCCGCUGCGCUUUUUGGACGAUUCUGCUCUUUAUAAAUUCCGUGCAACUAUCAGUCAUACCAGUCAUAUCAUACCAAGGCUGACAUAUUCGCUCGUGCUCGGCCAAGUCCACAGGAACACACUAAAAAGAUUGGACAACCACAUCAGGCAAUAUAUUCGUGGCUGGCUACGUCUACCGAAGGACACCCCGAACGGCUACAUCCACGCCGGUGAACAACAUGGUGGACUUGGUAUCCCAAGUCUGAGUGCAACAAUCCCGAUGCAGCGGAAAACGCGUAUGGAAAAGCUCCUCUCUACUCAGUGCCGAGUACUACGCAAUGUGGUCAACGAUUCCGCAUUCGGCAAAAUUGUUCGGGAUCUCAGCCUUCCGAUCCGAGUCCAUGGAGCAUGCGUAAACACCAAGGAGGAGCUGGUGGCUGCUUGGGGUGAAAGUCUGCACAACAGCGCUGACGGUCGCGCCCUACAUGCCAUCGGUUGUGAUAUCGACUUUUUGGUUCACCAACCGAUGAUCAUCUCUUAUCGAGGGAUCUGCUUUCCUCAAUCCGCUAAGGCUGUUAUUGGACUGGGACUUCCUAAGGUCGCAGUCAGUGACUUGUGUUUGCUUGCCAUUGUGGGCUCCCUGCGUACUUAUGACACUUUUAUGCGUGGCACAUGGCGUUGA